CACUCAUUCGUGUGCCGACUUUUCGCUGAAAAAGAUAUAGAAAUCGAAAACGCAAACGCAGAAAAACACGCUGGAUUAAAGUGUUUCGUUUCGAACUUCGACAGAGAAAAAGAGAGUGAGCUAAACUACUACAAAAAAAUCAAAGUGAAGUGAGCGCACAUAAAGCCAAAUCUAAACCCAAAUCAAAACUAAAAUAAAACAGUAUACUCGCAAGUAAUCCGGUACGACCGUGUAAUAACCGCCAAGAUUCUACUCAAGGAGCGUAAAGCGAUCAUCUCGAGAAUGAAGUCCCUGACGGCCGUUUGCCAGACAGGUGCCUCCGGAAUGCCGGCCUUGAAUGCCAGCGGGCGCAUCUCGCGCCACCCCACGCAUCGCGGCGAUGGGGAGAAUGCCGAGAUGAAGAUGUACCUGUCCAAGCUCAAGGACCUGGUGCCCUUCAUGCCCAAGAAUAGAAAGUUGACCAAACUAGAGAUCAUCCAGCACGUCAUCGAUUAUAUUUGCGAUCUGCAGACGGAACUGGAAACGCAUCCCGAGAUGGGAAACUUCGAUGCGGCGGCCGCUUUGACGGCGGUAAAUGGUCUGCACGAGGACGAGGACAGCGACAUGGAGGAUGCGGAUGUGGAGGAUGCGGAUGCGGAAACGGAAGUGGACGCAGAUAUCCUAGCCCAGCGUUUAGCCGCCGAACAGCCGGCGAAAGUCUCUAGUCCCGCCGCCCGUCUCCCGCUCGCCGAUCGCCAAACGCCCAACACCCUCGUGGCGCCCGCUUAUCCGCAACAGCAGCAACUGCAGCAGCAACAGCAACAGCAACUGCAACUGCAGCAGCAACAACUGCAAUCACAGCAGCAACUGUCCAACAGUUUAGCAACGCCACUGAAUGCGGAGAAAGACAGCAGGCAGUCGUAAGCCGGGAAAACCCACGGAACCUAUAUAAACUUAUUAACUAAAUGCAUAAUUAAAGUACAGUCAAAACUCCACUCGCAACCUUCGUGUGAAGAUCUCCGCAUAUUAAAUAACGUGUGAAACUCUCAAGAAAACUGCAGUCCAGGCGCAUCUCUUCAAAGUCUCUUUUCCCGGGAUGAAAAUCCGCGGAAAAUGAGAUCUCGCUUCUGGCUCGACAGAGUUUAGUUUAAACAUUUAAUAAACAACAAGAAAGAAACACAACAACACAAAAACCUAGCAUUAGAGCAUCGUAAGCAAGUAAACAUUAUGAUUAUGAUUAUUAAUUAAACAUUAAACACUAGGAUGGCGCUUAAGAAUGAAUGAAAUAAGAAGAAGAGAACUUGGCAAAGCUUUAAACAAUUUAAUUUUUCCUUUAACGCUUGAAAUUAAACUAAAGCACAUAUAUAUUUUUGUUUUCCUAAUUUUAGUUUUGUUUUGGUUUAAAAACAACGCAAGAAAAAAAUGUUACUAAUGCAAAGCAAACAGAGAUCAGCAAUAAAAUGAAAACAAAAGAAAAAUGCACAGGCAACAAAACUGGAAUUACGUUUAAUUUUGUAUGAUUUCUAUCCAAAUGAUUUUCCUAUUAAUUUUAAUCAAUGAAGAACUUUUCCUAUUAUUGAUUAGCCACAGCCAAUAAAUAACAAGAACCACAACCAACUCAGCAGCACACACAUUCAAAAUCAUUAAUUUAUAUAUCGAUCGAGGAUACGUUUAGUGUUUAAGUCUUGAGAAAGUUCUCAUUUCCAGGCACUAAUUUUCACUCACACGCAGAAAACAAAAGAAAACACA